AUGGUAUCAUUCGAUGUUUCUAGUUUAUAUACAAAUGUACCAAUCAACGAAACUAUUGAAAUCAUUCUCAACUCGUUAUAUGUAAUCCAACCAAUACCGCCAAUUAUGAAACGAGAUGAUAUGAAGGAGCUAUUAAUCUUUGCCACAAAGAACUCUCAUUUUCUUUUUGAUGGUAAAGUUUAUGAUCAAAUUGACGGUGUAUCAAUGGGAUCUCCACUAGCUCCUCUCCUUGCAGAAAUUUUUCUGCAAGAAUUCGAGAGAAAAAAUUCAUCAUUGUUACAAGAGUUGGGGAUCGUCUAUUGGAAACGAUACGUUGAUGACACUUUCGUACUGCUCAGCUCACAGUUUACUACAAAGCAUGUUUGCGCUGAGCUAUCGAAAUGUCAUCCUUCGAUUCAAUUCACCAGUGAAGAGGAAGAUCCGACUACACUCACAUUGCCAUUUCUAGAUGUACUUGUUCGAAGGAAGCCUGGUGCCGAUUUUCAAACAUGUAUGUACAGAAAACCAACGUUCUCUGGUUUAAUGACAAAGUGGAGCAGUUUUGUUCCGAAAAGGUACAAAUAUAGCGCGAUCUCCACUAUAAUCUACAGGGCAAUUCAAAUAUGUUCGUCGAAGAAUUCGCUUCACAAAGAGUUCGAUUUCAUCAGAGGAUUAUGUGCUAAAAAUGGCUAUCCGGCAAGAUUUGUUAACUCAAUUAUUAAACGACAGCUAAAUUUACAAAAACCAACUGCCCCACCUACACCUUUAGAAACUACUACAGAUACAGUAGUACUACGUGUUCCAUAUUUCGGAGCUGAAUCUCAAAUAUACGGCAAACGCGUAACAGCAGCAGCUGCGAAGCUCUAUCCGUUUAAAAAAAUCCGCGUUGUAUAUGAUGUGACAGACCGUAUUGGACGUGGUUCCCAAUUGAAAGAUUCGAUUGCUGAUGAGUUCAAAUCUGGUGUAGUUUAUGGAGCAACUUGUAGCACUUGCAACCAAGCAUACAUAGGACAAACGUAUCGCCACCUAAAAACAAGAAUUCAUGAGCACAUACUAGAUCUAAAGAAAUUCUUGCCUCAAACAGCAACAGUCAAACCGUCAACAAAAUCUAAACAAAGAAAAAAAAAGAAUCAACAAGAAACUAAAACGACAAUAAAGUACACAGGUCCAAUUACUAGAUCAAAAACAGGCAAGCUCCCACCAGUGGUUGUUAAGUUGAAUUACGCGGACCUUGAUCACCUGUUGGAUCAAACGGAACUAAAAGAAAAAAAAGAAAAUAUUCGAAUACCAAAAUCAUCAAUAACAAAACACUAUAUCGCGACAAACCAUAUAAUUACAGAGGAGAAUUUUAAGAUUUUACACAACGAAAAACGCAAAUACAGGCUAAAAAUUAAAGAAUCCCUUUUAAUAAUAACACGAGCUCCUCAACUCAAUGGAACUGAACGAUCAAUGCCCUUGUACAUCUAUCCUGAUGGAAUAAAAAACAACGAACAAAUGUAA